CGUAAUGUGGCGCGCGAUGGUUCUCCGUCGCGGCUGGCUUUCACGUUUAACAAACACAACCGCACGCGCCUCGGGAAAAGGCAGAACAACACCCAGAAAGUCCAGUGUUUGGAAAACUAUGGCAGAAAAUCAGCAGCCGAACUUUGGUCAUCUAAACGGCAGCGCAUGCAGGAAGAGGGAAAACUACCUGGAGUGGCCGGAGUACUUCAUGGCUGUAGCCUUCCUGUCGGCCCAAAGGAGCAAAGACCCAAGCUCACAGGUGGGGGCGUGUAUCGUGAACCAGGAAAAUAAGAUCGUUGGCAUCGGUUACAAUGGUAUGCCCAACGGCUGUGAUGAUGACCUGCUGCCGUGGUCCCGCUCUGCUGACGACCGGCUUGACACUAAAUAUCCUUAUGUGUGCCACGCAGAGCUGAAUGCCAUCAUGAACAAGAACAGCGCUGAUGUGAAAGGCUGCACCAUGUAUGUGGCUUUGUUCCCCUGCAACGAGUGUGCCAAGCUCAUCAUCCAGGCCGGCAUUAAAGACGUGGUCUAUCUUUCCGAUAAGUACCAUGACUCACCGGAGAUGGUCGCCUCCAGAAGGCUGCUCGAUAUGGCCCGCAUAAAAUACAGGCAGUUCAAGCCCAAGAGGACUGAGGUUGUCAUUGAUUUUAAUUCCAUUAACCACCCUGGAAUACUGAGCAGCGUGACCAAGUGAAAAUGCAAAAGGCUCACCUUGGGGAGCUGCUGAAUGAGACGGGAAGUAGAGGGAGACUGACAAGAUUGAAAGGGACUUUGAUGCCUCUUUUCUGUAUGUCUUCUUGCCCCCUGCUUUGUCCAAAGGAAAACUCAAGGAUACCUCGACUUUGGCGUCUUUUGAUAUUUUGAUUAACCGGAUAUUCAAGAUAGUUUAAUUUGACGCUACGCCCUUUGUGGAUGGUGGUGGCAGAAGGUCUUUCAAUGCUGCUUUCACGCUUUUUUUUUUUCCUUUUAAAACUCCCUUUGGGUUUAGGCGUACACAAGGACUCUGAACACACUUUCUUGAGUGUUUGAUUUUAAAAUCUUUUGUGUUGUGAAUCAGAUCUUCUGGCCCAUGGCUGUCUGCACAGGGGAAAACAGAAUUUGUUUUUGUUCUCCUUCAAACAAGGAUCCAGAUUAAUAUGGAGGGACCUUGACAUUUAGUGCAUUUGACCUUUCACAUUCACAGUGGAAGCAGCUCAGUAAAUCAGUCUUUAUGCUUUUUGGUUCAUUAAACUGGUUUGAUGACAAUAGCAUCUGUUAAAUGUAGCCUGGGUUCUGCUUUUAGUUGUAUUUUACCUUUCACUUUAAAAAUUUAAACGGUCAUCAGUGGUACUGGCAAGUAAAAUUUGGAAACAUCAGUGUAACAAAGAUAUAACAGGAACUCUUUUUGAGCAUGAAAAAACUACAGCUCCCAUGAGACUUUGGCAACACACCUAUGACUUACGCUGCAUUCACGCGGAUGGUCCCAUUUCCCAUUUGGAAAGUUGUUCCUCCAACUUUGGUGGUGUGCUUAUGAGCUUUAAGUUAAGAUGUGGAAACAACAUAGCACUACAAAAAGCAUCUAAACAACACCUCGAUAAUGUUUUAAAUCUUUUAUCACAAAGUUAUUUUGUCCCAGACUUGUUGCUUCACUAGAACAUUUCCUAAACUACAAACUACAAAAGUAUUGCUUCACCUGACUAAUGCUAAUAAAUACUUUUUUUUUCUUUCAAGAUUAUAUUUUUGGCAUUUUUGCCUUCAUUAGAUAGGACAGAUCAACAGCAUGAAAGGGGGAGAGAGCGAGAGAGAGAGGGGAUGACAUACAGCAAGGGGCCCCGAGUUGGUAUUAAACCAGGGGCCACUGCAGCAAGGACACUUCCUUCAUUUAUGGGGCGCCUGCUUUAUCCACUCAGCCACCAGACGCCCCUAAUAAAUAUAUUUCUAACCAAUCUAGCCCACUUUAAAUGGACGGAAGUGGUUUCAACCUAAUACCAUAAAACAAAUUCCAUGUGAGCAAAAAACUGAUAUGCAAUAUGUUACAAAAAGUUUAUUACCAUCAACUUAACAUUUACUUUUGUCUACCAUGUUUUUCCUCAAUAUCACGUCAAUUCGGUAACUAGUGUACCAAAAUUUUCUUUGACUUUCCGAGUUGGUGUUACAACUUGAGGCAUUCACACACGUUUACCCUGUGUGGAAGUAUUUUUUUUGUUUUAUUCCAACACCACAUGAAUGCAGGGUAAGAUCUGUGGUUCAAUUUCUUCAACGCCAACAAAAUGUUAUUAUUAUUUGGAAUAUAAUUUUUAUUAAAUGACAAAAUAACACCAAUUUUCCAGAUUAGAAGGAAAUUGUAAAUGGCCCAACAUCAGCGCAGUUCUCGUAUCGUUACACACUGUUACUGUACGCUUAUGGGGUUCUUAGCAUAUUCCUUGUAGGGGAUUUGCAUCUUAGUUUUAAUGAUAAUUUUACAAUGGCUUUCCAAAAGAAACUGCAGUUUUCUGUUGAUGAAAGAAAGUGUCUGUGAUGUUUUAUUGUAAAACGUCUUUAUAAUUUUAAUUGUAUUAACACAAGGUAGCAGAUUUUCCUUUAAUAGUCACUCAUAAUACAGUUUUUAUUUUAGAUUGUGCUCAUGGUGCCAAACAGCCCAAUCACCAGAAGAAAAUGUUUGUAAUGUGAAAAUGUGUACAUUUCUGCAAAGCAUGCAUAUGUCAUAUUUGCAUAUUAUUUAACUGAUAUGUUGAAACUUUACGUUUAAUCAGCGCUUUGGUUAUCGGGUGGUUAGGUUUAGGCACCAAAACCACUUAAUUAUGUUAGGAAAAGAUCAAGUUUUGAGAGAAAAAACCCGGUUUGGUGGCAGAGUCCAUGCUUUAAAAGCAGCAAUGUCUCUGUCAAAAACAACCACUUUUUGUGGUAAUAUAACUGCUGGAAAAACGGCAACAGGUUGUUGCUGACGCCCACGUUUAGUACCUACAAAGCUGCUAAAAACACAGCUGUGACUUGCUAUCAAGUAGUUUUUGUGGCUAAAUCUAAGUACACGUUAACCACAGCAUAGCUGAAAUAUGAAGUCUCAGCUUACCCGUUACAUAAUAACUUGCAAAUGUGACGAAUCUGUGGUUUGCAGAAAUGUAAAAUGCCAACAUUUAAUAUCUGUGGCUCUUAAUACUGCAUUGUUUUCAAGACUGCCUUCCAUUAAGAUCAGAACAGUUCCUUUUUUGUUAUACUGCCUAAAAUGCCCGUACAGUAAGUGUACAAAAGCUAACCAUUACUUCAACUAAAUGUUUGUUUUCUCUCACAUACAGUAGGUGACCAAGAGAUACUUCUCAAAUCUGUGUCUUCAUACCAUCAUGUCAGGUGUGAGUGCUGGUGAAGUCAAUAAAAUGCUUGGACCACA